GGCUGGUGCUUCAUCCAUCCAUUGAUUUGACAGUUUGACGCUAGCGGUCGCAGAGCAAGCGGAUGGAUGGAGCUCUUCUCGGCCGCGUUAAAGUUUCUUUCUAUCCACUUUAUUGUUUUCAGGACAACUGGGAUGUCCAAACAAGUGACUUUGGAGGCGUACGGGCUUGUUUUGUAGCUAGUUGGCACAAUUCCUCAAUCUGUGUCCCAACCUAAAAAAAAAAAAAAAAAAAAAAAAAAAAAAAAAAGUUGGUUUGGGUUCAAAACGGUGGAAGCAAAGAAGACGACAUGUCGCUGAGCAGGAGCAUCGAAUUCGAGCACUUCGAAGAGCGCGAGAGCAAGCCGCACUGGACGCCGAGGGCUCCGGGCUCCCACGCCGGCGGAGGCGGCGGCUCCUCCCGGGGCGCGGGACUGACGGCCAGCCCGGCGCACAGCGCGCACUGCAGCUUCUACAGGACUCGAACCCUGCAGUCGCUCACGUCCGAGAAGAAGGCCAGGAAAGUGCGCUUCUACCGAAAUGGAGACAAGUACUUCAAGGGCCUGGUGUACGCGGUGUCCGCCGACCGCUUCCGCUCCAUGGACGCGCUGCUCAUGGAGCUGACGCGCUCGCUGUCGGACAACGUCAACCUGCCGCAGGGGGUCCGGACCCUGUACGCCCUGGACGGGGGAAGGAAGAUCAGCAGCCUGGACGACCUGGUGGAGGGGGAAAGCUACGUGUGCGCCUCCAACGAGCCUUUCCGACAUGUGGACUACGCUAAGAACGUCAACCCCAACUGGGCCGUGGGCAGCAAGACGGGCACGUCGCGCUCCCUUUCUUCGCUGCUCUCGCCGAGGGGCGAGCAUCAGCGCGAGCCCAAAGACUUCAUCAAGCCCAAGUUGGUCACGGUGGUCCGUAGUGGCGUCAAACCGCGCAAGGCCGUGCGCGUCCUGCUCAAUAGGAAGACGGCUCACUCCUUUGAGCAGGUUCUGACCGACAUCACGGACGCCAUCAAGCUGGACUCAGGUGCCGUGAAGAGGCUGUACACGCUGCAAGGCAAGCAGGUCACGUGCCUGCAGGACUUCUUCGGCGAUGACGACGUGUUCAUUGCGUGCGGCCCAGAGAAGUACCGCUACGCCCGUGACGACUUUGCGUUGGACCACAGCGGUAAGGCUUCCACAGCCUUUAUGACCGAGUGCAAAGUGCUGAAGUCGUCAUACGGUCGUUCCGUCACUCCGAACCGGACUAGCAAGAGUCCUGGACCUUCACGACGCAGCAAGUCUCCUGGUGCAGCGAGGCGUACAGCCCGCUACUCCACCGGUCAGUCUCCUGCCAAAACUCCAGGUGAGCUCGUAAACGGUCACAUCUCCACACCGAGGUCCGGCAAGUCGUCCACACCCUCUCCCACUGGCCUCCAAAGCCUCCCUGGUCUCAAGAAGGUUCCGUCACAUCACGGCUCAAGUUCAAACGUCGGCUGCUCGCUCUACAACCACCAGGGGGAGACAACCGCUCCAGAGGUGAAUGGUAACCAUAACGACCAGACCUCCUCCGCCAUCCUGGAGAAGUACACGAUAGGGGAAGUUAUCGGAGACGGCAACUUUGCUGUGGUGAAGAAGUGUGUCGAGAGGUCCACAGGAAGAGAGUUUGCCCUGAAGAUCAUCGACAAGGCCAAGUGUCGUGGCAAGGAGCACCUGAUAGAGAAUGAGGUGUCUGUGCUGAGGCGGGUGAAGCACCCCAACAUCAUCAUGCUGGUGGAGGAGGUGGACACGCCCUCGGAGCUGUGUCUCGUCAUGGAGCUGGUCAAGGGUGGCGAUUUAUUCGACGCCAUCACGUCCUCGGCCACGUACACGGAGAGGAGCGCCAGCGUCAUGGUGUCCAACCUGGCCUCCGCCCUGCAGUACCUUCACGCCAUGAACAUCGUCCACAGAGACGUCAAGCCGGAAAACCUACUGGUGUUUGAGAAUCCCGACGGCACCCAAUCACUCAAGCUCGGGGACUUCGGCCUUGCCACUGUGGUCGAGGGACCGUUGUACACCGUGUGUGGGACGCCGACGUACGUGGCGCCGGAAAUCAUCGCAGAGUCUGGUUACGGCGUCAAGGUGGACAUCUGGGCUGCAGGCGUCAUCACGUACAUCCUCCUGUGUGGCUUCCCUCCUUUUCGAAGCGAGAGCAACCAGCAGGAGGAGCUCUUUGAGCAAAUUCUACUGGGCCGACUGGACUAUCCCAGUCCUUACUGGGACAACAUCACUGAUUCAGCCAAGGAGCUGAUCGGCAAGAUGCUGUUGGUAAACGCGGAGGGUCGCUACUCGGCGCGGGACAUCCAGGCCCACCCUUGGGUGACGGUAGCGUACUCGCCCGCUCGUAUGGCGGCACGUUCUAAUCGGCGCCGCUCGCUCACUCGCCGCGAUUUCGCUUUGCAGGAGGACGUCGACGCGGAGAACAACAUGAAGGCCGAGGUGACGGGUGAACUGAGAACGCACUUCAGCCCGACGGCCAAGCGCGGCGACGCCGCCGCGGCCGUCUCGGUCAUUAUGAAGACGGCCCUCGAUAAGGAGACCCUCCAGCUGGCGGGCCGCCAGCCCCUGCCGACACUCCACCCGCCGCCAUCGCCGGAUCCCCCAAAAUCCGAGGAUGCUUCUCCAACCGUUCCGACCUCCUCCUCGUCCCUGACCUCCCCCGGAUGUCCCGUCAAACACGUGGUCUUCCUGCCGCUGUCGUUCCCUUCGCCUCCGUCCACGCCGCCCUUAUCGUCCACCUCCACCCCGUCGCCUCCCGGCUUCGCGGCGGUCGCCCAGGAGCUUCUGGAGGGGGUUUGAAAAGACGCACGAGGAGGUCGGAAACGCAGCCAAACGAGGCUUGUUUGUAUUUGUUGAGAAAGGACUCGAGAGGACCAAACUGACUGAAUGUUGCUUUCAACGCCGUCAUGUGAAGCGUUAUUAAUUAUCAUACACUAGUUCAGCGUUUGCUUCUCGGACUUGAGACACUGUAUUUACACUGACUAUAGAAUGCUUUGCUUAAGUAAUACAACCAUAUUCCCAAAUAGAUGACAGGGGAGAACUCAUUUCCACCCUUCAAAUUCUAAACAGGAAACAGUGGAAUUUAUUUUUUAAUAAAUGAGCAGUGAUUUACAAAAAAAUACUUUUCCAUCCAUCCAUCCAUUUUCCGUGCCGCUUAUCCUCACUAGGUUCGCGGGCAUGCUGAAGCCUAUCCCAGCUAUCUUCGGGUGACCCUGAACUGGUCGCCAGCCAAUCGCAGGUAAUUUCCCCUUUGUUGUUAUGCGAUAUCACAUGUAGAAUUUCAAAUUUAUUCCGUUUUGGAAUACGGCUGUAACCAAAUGUGGAAAAAUGCAAGGCACUGUAGGCUGUGAAUAAAGUAGCAACUUUUUGAAUAAUGAAUUCAUAUCAAAACUUAAAAAUUAUAGCCCAUACGAUCCAAUUGAACCAGAAAUAUGUUGGUGUUUUAAAAACCAAACUAUUAAAAAGCUAUUCCCCCCCCCCCCCCCUAUAGUUCACCACAACAGUUUUGGUUUAAGAAUAUUUCUCCCCAAACAGAUUUGCAUAUUUCAUAAUGUUAUUGUUUGGGUAAUAAUUCCCAUGAUUUUUUUAAUCAAUUUAUUUCUCGCAUCAGAAAGGUCUGCCAUUUCUCUGCUCACAAUUAUAGCCACAGAGUAUUCAUAAUAGGCUGAUGUAGUUGUGUAUUGUUGACGGUGGGGAGUAAUAAUAAUAAGCCAGCAACAUGUAAUAAAAUGGUUAGAGUUCGAUAAGAGCAUCAUCGCGGUCUAUUUUCCUAAUUAAUUUGGUUCAGCUCGAUCUAUGGAUGGCUGUUCAAAUAACAAAUGUCCUUCUUGGCCAAGAGGGCAGCAAGCGUCUCAACGAACAGGUUUCAGUACACUGUCAACUGAAACUACUGGCCAAAUCUCCGAACUUGGAUAAAGCGCACCGUUCUGACAGCUGCUUCACACCUUUGUUGUAAUUUGUUUCCCCCAAAUGCAAACAUUUACUCUAUGUGCUGAAACAAACGUCCUCGAAAAUGUUGCUCUCCUGUGAAUCACUGGAAUCUACUUUAGUUGCAUAAAACAUGGUUCUGACAAUGCCUUCCAACCUUUGUUGCAUUUGUUCUCCAAACAGACCCUUUCAGUAUGAGCAGAAACCUGCUCCAACAUUUUGCUUUCCUAUAAAUCACCUAACUGAUAGUUAGCCAUGUAAAGAAUUGGUUCUGAGAAUUGCUUCACAUCUGUGUCGAAAACGAUCAAACGAUUUACUGUAUGAACUGCUUGCUUUCCUAUGAAUCCAUGAACUAAUAUGUUGUGGAAUCACUACUUCUGAGAACUCCUUCACAUCUGUGUUGUAAUUCUAUUUACAAAUGCAAACAUUUACUGUAUAAACUGAAAGGUGCUAGAAAAUGCUGACCACCUGUGAAUCAUUGAACUCAAGCAGUGUAAAGAACCAUUCUGAUAACUCCUUCCAACCUGUGUUGCAUUUUCUUUUCUAGCUUAAACCUUUACUGUACAUACUGAAACAUCCAAGAAAAAAACUUGCUUUACUGUGAAUCACGAAACAAAUAUUUUGUCGAACUGCUUCACCACCUGUGUUGCAUUUUUCAUCACAGAAUCCAAGACUGGCUACAAACUAAAACACAUAGAAUAAAGAGUUUGCGUCCCUGAGAA